CCUUCACUCCUUCCUCAAAACCAAGCCACUACUUCCAUAACUAAGCUCGAAAAUGCAUUCCUUCAAUGCAAUUGUCACCGUCCUCAUGACCGCCCUGCUCGCAUCCACCCAAGCGGUACCUCAAGGCCAAGCGGCGCCUAAAGCCCAAGCGGCGGCGGCUCAAGCUUGCUGGAAAUGCCCAUCCGAUCAAGGACAGUUCAAGUUCCAACAGCAGGCUGGAAGCGACCCACUCCACUGCCAAUUCUUGAAAGACGGAGUGGUUUAUUAUUGUGAUUACAAAGUGGCUGACGGCACGUUGAUCUACAACGCCAUCGACGCUUUCUGCCCCGCCAGUGCGAUUCCUUGCUAAAUAGUUACGCGAAGCGCGUAUGCGCUCCUGGUCCGAAGUUGAUUAUUAUUUUUGAAGUUUCUAAUCAAUAUAAAUUCGACCACCUACGGACCUCAAAUACUCUCGCCUUGUUCUGUCGUUAAUUAUAAAGCUAGAAACGGACUACAGAUAUGCAGAUUUUCUUAUGUAUUUGACCAGCAGGAUACUUGGGAAAUAUGUAUGAGAAGGAGGAAGCACUUUGUUAUCCAUCCACCCUGCACGAGAA